AUGUCAACAACAGAGAACACAACAACAGUUAUAGUCCAUGAAGCUAUAAAUGAAGAAUACGAGUACAUACAGUUUAACAAACAACUCCGUCUCAUUCGUUCGGUCAAAGACGAUAUGUACCAAAUGCAAAGUAUUUUGACAGCAUGUUUUGCUCCAGAUACUAAGAAACCACAAGACUGGUUUAGGAACCAAAGCACACAAGAACUUUUGAGCGAAGCACAGCGAGACAUACUUUUUUCUGAAAACAGUGAAGAACAGCGACUACGAGAAAAACCUCAGUCGCCAAAACUCUAUGAAAAUCGUGAAGAACAGCGACUACGAGAAAAACCUCAGUCGCCAAAACUCUAUGAAAACAGUGAAGAACAGCGAGUAGGUAAAAAACCCCAGUCGCCAAAACUCUAUGAAAAUCGUGAAAAAUUGCCAAACGGUUUGAGAGGAUAUUAUGUACAUAGACUUCUUGUAAAUGCUGUUGCAAUGUGGGCUUCAGCUCGUUAUGCUUGGUAUAUUUACAGACUUCUUGACGAAAUUCAUAGACAGGAACGUGAAGAGAUGGAAAAGAAACUUCAAGCAAAAGACAAAAGCAUUCAGAAAAGAAUACCACGUUCGGUACCAAAAGGAAAGGAAAAGAACUAUAAGUAUAUGAUUUAUACUGAAGAGAUGGAAAAUGAAGAAGACAGAGAUAUGGUUAUGUUGCAUUUAGUCAGAAGAAACAACAAAAGCUUUUACGACCUUGCUAAGAUUUACAAAUCUGACAGAAAUUGGUUCUAUCGCGAAAACUUACCGAUUUCAAUGACCCCAAAUGAAGAUGUGAAACAAAUAGUUCAAGAUACGUUACCUCAAACACACUAUGAUAUGAAAGGUUGUACAAUACUUACCUUCAAAGAAGACUUACCGCUACUGAAAGAAAAAAUAACAGAGUAUUUUGACAACUUCAAACAAGUAGGGUAG